AUGGCCGACCCAGUUUUCCCGCACCAAUUCAGCCGUGCCCGCAACAUCACUCACACCGGAGAGGUUUUCAGCAUUCCACACGAAGAACAACUGGCUUAUGGAACCGCCGGAUUCCGUUUCCGUGCCGAAAAACUGUCAUUCAUCGUGUUUCGAUGCGCCUACGUGGAAAGUCUUCGCGCCCGUCAACUCGACUCGGCAAUCGGUGUGAUGAUCACGGCGUCCCAUAAUCCGGCGGCCGAUAAUGGCGUCAAAUUGGUCGAUCCGAGUGGAGAUAUGCUCAGUCAGCAGUGGGAGAAAUACGCGACAGAAAUCGUGAAUGCAACAGACGAGGAUCUUCCAUCUGCCGUACGAGCCCUCGAGAAACAAAUGUCUCAAGCUGAGAAAUCGAGAAUUUCCUCUGGACAGACAAAGAAUGCUCGAGUGGUGUGUGGAAUGGAUACUCGUCUAUCUGGUCCCCAUUUGAUAUCGGCCGCCCGUGCAGGCUCCGCCCUCUUCAAUGUCCAAUUCGUCGACGUGGGAAUUGUGACGACUCCGAUGCUUCAUUACACUGUCAAAUCGUUCAAUGAGCCCGAAUUCGCUGAGCCGACGGGUCAGGGAUACUGUCGGGCGAUUAGUUCCGCGUUUAGAGAGUUGUAUGGGAUUACACAAGAGGAACAGCUUGCAUUAUGA